AUGUUGAAGAGAGCCACCACCUCCGAGUCCUCUAUCGAGGAAGACACGCUUAACGCCCGCCUAGUGACUGUACAAAUGUGGAUGAUCUAUUGGAUAGUCAAUGGUUUUGUCCGUGCUGUGGAAUCGGUGUUGUUUCUCCAAUAUUUGCCCUUGUAUUCUGUGGCAAGACUCUGCUUCUCAAUUUGGUUAAUUGCCCCUAUAGUCUUGACACGAACACGUCAGCAGAAACAGCUGUUCGUCAGCUUCAAUGAGAUACAAACUGAGUGGGUGUCGUUCUCGCAGCAGGGCUGUGGGUUGGUAUAUUUCCGCUACGUGAAACCACUCAUGGAGGGUCAGCUCUCGUUCCUCUAUGAUUUGAAGGUAGAUGAGAUCUUGGGUUACGCCAGUAAGGCUCUUACAAUCCCUUUUCUUAAGCUCGCCAUGGCCACCAGGGGCACAACUACUGGACUGGACAGUGCUGGUAAUACUGGCCCUAGUACAGGAGUUCCAUCUUCUGGAAAUGGGGGUGCAACCAGUGGAUCUGGUUUCUCGUCUUUUGGAGUCGGCGAAGGCGCGAAUUACGCCCAGGCUUUUUCCACGUUUUCCACGUUCUCCAAAAGCUACUUCCCAAGCCGAGGGGUGGACAGUCGAGAGGUGGAGGGAAAUUCGGCAACGGAUGAUUUUGACGAGUACGAACAGGUAGAUGCACCUUCUUUGAAUUCUUCAGUGGCUGGAUUGAAGAACAGAAGCGCUUCUGGACAAACAGAGCAGCCUGAGCAGGGUAAGGGUCGCUGGUUCUGGUAA